CUCAUCGGUGAACUUUACCAGAGUUUUCAGGCAUGACGUUUCUUUCCACGCGGCAGCUCGGCAUGGCCAUGCAGCCUCUGUGCUCGACACGUCCUCCUGCCCCUCGAAGCACCCCCAAAGUUAUUUAGAACUGGAUUGGCUACUGGGUUCUCGAAAGAGCCGGGCUCGCUAAUCUCGCGUAUAGGAAGGAGACGAGAGCAUCAGCUACUAGCUAGAGUGGUCGGAGGCAAUGGCGCAGCUGAGAGCACCCGCCGACGAUCAGCGGCAGCAGGAGGCGCUGCACGGCGACAAGGGCGGCGUCGACGUCGCCGGCGGCGGCGGCGGCAACGAGAGCAACAAGAAGGCGAGCGCGGGGCUCUGCGGCGUGCUCCGGGAGCGCAAGGUGGUGGACCUGGCGCGCGCCAAGCGGCGGCUGGUGGAGGUCCCCUACACCGCGACUCUGGCGCACACGGCCAACGCGCUCCUCGCGGCGCGCGUCUCCGCGGUCGCCGUGGCCGCGCCGCCGGGCCACUGGAUCGGCGCCGGCGGGUCCAUGAUCCUCGAGUCCGACCCGGCCACCGGCGCCGUCCGCAAGCACUACAUCGGCAUGGUCAACAUGCUCGACAUCCUCGCCCACAUCGCCGAGGCCGGCGACGAGGCCGACGCCGACGACGAGGCCGUCGACCUCGGCCGCCGGAUGGCCGUCCCCGUGUCCUCCGUCAUCGGCCACUCCCUCGAGGGCCUCACCCUCUGGACGCUCCAUCCCAACACCAGCGUGCUGGACUGCAUGGAGACGUUCAGCAAGGGGGUGCACCGGGCGCUGGUGCCGCUGGAGAGCUCGGCGGACAACGUGGUAGCGGUGGAGCUCGUGGAGUCCGCGCCGGGUUACCGGAUGGUGACCCAGAUGGACGUGGUGAGGUUCCUCCGGGCUCACGGCGCGGAGCUCCGGGGCGUGCUGUCGCGCACCGUGCGUGAGCUCGGCGCCGUGAGCGAGGCCGUGUUCGCGGUCGCGAGCGGCGCCAGGGUGAUCGACGCCGUCAAGGCGAUGCGCGCGGCGUCGCUCACCGCCGUGCCCGUCGUGGACGCCGCCGCCGUCGGCGAGGAGACCCUGCAGGACGUGUGUGUCCGAUCCAGCUCCGAUGAACACAUCGGCGCCGGCGGCGACGACAUCUCUUGCUUAUUUCUCCUGCUGCUUGUCUCGCAGGGGGUGGGGAAGAAGGCGGUCGAGACGUUCUCGGCGACGGACCUGCGCGACUGCCCGGUGGCGCGGCUGCAGCCGUGGCUGGGGAUCAGCGUGACGGAGUUCAAGAGGAAGGUGGCCGAGUACCGGGCGAGCAACAAGCCCGUCGUCCACGGCGCCGACGCCACUGGCACCGGCGUCCCGGUCGCCGCCGACGCCGACGCCCCGGCGGCUGCUGCCGUCGCCACCGACGAAGAACAGAGCGACGAGCACCCGCUGGUGACGUGCUCCCUGGAGAGCACCCUCUGCGAGGCGAUCGAGGCGGCGGUCACGAGGCACGUGCACCGGCUGUGGGCGGUGGACGGCGACGGGCUGCUGCGCGGGGUCAUGUCGCUCACCGACGUCCUCCGGGCCGUGAGGGAGGCCGCGCUCGGCGAGGACCGGGAGCUCCACAGCAUCGUGCCGUCCUAGAAGUUGCACCGAACUGGGUGUCUGUCCAAAGUGUGAACAGAUAUCUAUAUAAUAUUGCUGACUUUUCCACUCGUGUUCGUCGGCAAGAUUUAUGCUGCUAGUGAUUUUGCCUUGUUCCUCUGUUUUUUUAUGACACCUUGUUCUGUUUGGUUGAGGAAUUUUUUUAAGCUCCUGUCACAUA